AAGAAAGUGGGAAAAAAGAAAAAAACAAAAAGAAAAGAGAAGAAGUUCAGGAGAAAGACAAAGGCCUCAGAGAAAUAAGAAAGGGAAGGCGGAGCAGAGAGAGUUAUGGAAACAAUUGAUUGAAGAAAUUACUCGCAUUGAUCAAAAUCAAUUGCUUUCAAGCUUUCAAGAAAGUUUUGAAUUUGGACAAUAAUAUUCAGAGUAUUAUGCAGGAUAUUUAGAAAUUGGAUCAAAUAGAAGACAGUGGAUAGAGUAUAUGUCCUAUUAGACUACACGGUCUGGAAAAGAGAAGAUGGAGAAUUAGAUAGUUGAGCUUGUAAAUAGAGGCAAAAAGAGAAAAUGGCAAUAAAAGGAGUUGUUACUGCCUGUAAUGUUGCAAGAAGAGGAAGCUAUCAAUCUAGUCUAUCAGUUCCUCGUUAUCUCACGUUCAGAUUUCAUCAUUCUUCUUCAUAUCCUCCUAAAAGAUUCACAUUCUAUCCUACUUCUCAAACUGGAAAGUUUAUGUAUUCAGUUCGUGCAAUACAUAAGGCAAUUGUGGAUCCUGUUACAACCAAGAAAAAAAAUGAAGAAAAAUCUACUCCUUGGAAGAUCAAAAUGUUGUAUGAUGGUGAUUGCCCACUCUGCAUGCGUGAGGUCAAUAUGCUUAGAGAGAGGAAUAAAAGUUAUGACACCAUUAAGUUUGUUGACAUAAGCUCCAAGGAUUAUUCUCCAGAGGAGAAUCAAGGCCUAGACUACACGACAGUUAUGGGAAGAAUUCAUGCAAUACUUUCUGAUGGAACUAUAGUCACAGAUGUUGAAGCAUUUAGAAGGUUAUAUGAACAAGUUGGCCUUGGGUGGGUUUAUGCCAUUACUAAAUAUGAACCUAUUGGAUCAAUAGCUGAUGUUGUGUACAGUUUUUGGGCUAAAUAUCGGCUUCAAAUCACGGGCCGCCCACCUUUAGAAGAAAUUUUGGUAGCAAGAAAAAAGAAGGGUGAAGUCUGUAAUGAUAAUAAUACUUGUAAGAUGUGAAUUCUCCUAAAAAAUCAGCGCUUGGAAAAUUGAAAGAAAGAGAUGUAUCUUCCCUCGUUGCACUGAAGAAUAGUCGAUAAUCUUUUCCACAUGUUUAUGAUGUUAUUUGCUAUCUCAAACGAAUUCAAAUGUAGAUUUUGAAGUCUUGUAUAUCAUUCUUAUGUCUAUGAUCAUAAAAAAGAUUUAGUAAAAA